GAUAAAGCAAGAUGGCGUCUGACGGUGAAGACGUUAUUGCAGUCGUCACAGUUCAGUGUUCUUAAUCUGUGCCUCCAUGGACACAUAUAUGUCCUUUAUUACACUCUAGUAAAUAGAGUAAACAUUGUUAAUAACUGUUUGCAUCUGGUUAUAUUAGUCUGAGCGCACUUUGAUGCUUCUCGAGCUAGCUUAGCCUGCUAGUUAGUUUAGCUUGUUAGCUGCUAACAAAGAGAGGCGGAAGUGAUCAAAACACAUCACUAAGUAGAGAUCAAGUGUGAGUGUAAAGUGUUGUGAUUGUGUGAAAAUGUGCCAAAGAACCAUAGCAGAGUACGAGGAGGAACUUUGUCCAACAAAAGAGGAGAAGGAGCGACAACAUGAAAAACAUCAAGUUGUGUUACACAGAACAGACAUCCAUCAGCUGAUUGGACACCAAGAAGAAUGUCUCCCUCAUCUGCAGGGGGACAGUUUCACUUUAGAGUAUCCACAGCUCUCACAUUUUAAAGGGGACAAAGAUGAGCCACAGCCCUCUUAUUUCAAAGAGGAAGAGGAGGGAGAGUGUCCUGUAGGGCAGGAGGAGGCUGAUGUCAGCAAGUUUCCACUGACUGUUGUCUCUGUGAAGACUGAAGAGCAUGAAGACAAACCACCUGAGUCCUCACAGCUUCAUCACAGUCCAAACGUCUGUGAAGAACAUCUUCACCCUGAGCAACAGAAGUGGAGCUUCAGGAUGCGAACGGAGGAGCCACAGCCCUUCCACAUUAAGAAGGAAGAGGAAUGCCCACUGACCCCCAUUUUUAAAGAGGAAGAGGAGGACCCACAGACACCCCGAUUUAAAAAGGAAGCGGUGGAUCCACUGAGCCCUCACAUUAAAGAGGAAGAGGAAGAACACAGCAUCAAUCAGCAGGGAGAGCAUCUUGAAGGACUGGAGGAGGUUGAUGUCAUCAAGAUGCCAGUGACUGGUGUCCCUGUGAAGAGUGAAGAUGAUGAGGUGAAAGGUGAAAGUGAGGAGAGGGGAGGGGGGGAGCCUCCAAGCAGCAGCUCAACACAACACAUGACAACAGAAGCUGAUGGAGACCACUGUGGAGGAUCACAAGCAGACAAGCUCUUAGCUCCACUAUCAGAUAGUGAGGACACAACGUCACACUCUCCUGACACUGAUGAUGAAGACUCUAAAGAUGAUAAGACAUGUCACACUGACAACACUCACUUCACAUCUUCUCUCUGUCACAAAACCUUUAAAUACUAUAGUCUUCUGAAAAGACACAUGAGAACACACACUGGAGAAAAACCUUUUUCAUGUUCAAUCUGCGGUAAAGAUUUUACUCAGAGGUACGAUUUGAAAAGACACAUGAGAACACACACUGGAGAAAAACCUUUUUCAUGUUCAAUCUGCGGUAACGAUUUUACUCAUAGGCAACAUUUGAACACACACAAGAGAAUACACCCUGGAGAAAAACCUUUUACUUGCUCAGAAUUCUGUAAAAGAUUUGCGCGAAAAGCAGUUAAAAAGACACAUGAGAAUACACACUGGAGAAAACCCAUUCAUGUGCUCAAUUUGUGGCAAAGGAUUCUCCCAGAAGGGACAUUUGGUAAACCACACAAAAACACACACUGGAGAAAAACCUUUUUCAUGUUCAAUCUUUGGUAAAGGAUUUACUCAAAGGCACCUUUUCAAAGCACACAUUAGAAGACACACAGGAGAAAAACCUUUUUCAUGUUCAAUGUGUGGUCAAGCUUUUACUCGAAGUGACCAUUUCAAAGCACACAUGAGAAUACACAUUGGAGAAAAAACAUUUUUAUGUUCAAUCUGCGGUAAAGAUUUUACCCGAAGGGACCAUUUCAAAGCACAUAUGAGAAUACACAAUGAAUAAAAAACCUUUUCACUGUUAAGAAUGUGGUGAAGCUUUUGUACAAUGAAGCAUUUUGAAAGUACACAUGAGAACACACACUGGAGAAAAACCUUUUUCCUGCUCAGAAUGUGUUAAAGCGUUUGUGUGAAAAAGCACAUUGAAAGUAGCCAUGAGAACACACACUGGAGACAUACCUUAUUGUAACCUGGGUGACAAAACCCCAUUAAAUAUCCUCAUUUAAAUAUCCUUUUAAAACCCCAUUGAAUAUUGUUUGUAAUUAAAUCUUCCUAUUUAAAUAAUUGUAUUUAAAUAUCCUCUCAAAACCCCAUUGAAUAUUAUUUCUAAUUAAAUAUCUUUCUAUUUAAAUAUCAUUUUACUUAAAUAUCCUAUUUAUUUUCGUGUCUUUGCGUACGUCAUUGCGUCACGCGGUCACGUGACCUCGUGCGUCAUUGCGUCACGCGGUCAUGUGACCUAUUGCGGGAAGCAUAAAAUCCAGUAGUGGGCUGCUUCCAGGAAGAGCGAGAGAGACGUUGCUGCAGGAGCCAACUACUGAAGCCGUGGGUCGUCGUGCGAGAGUGUUUAAGUGGGAUUUAUCUGCGGAAUUGGCCAUGUUGGAUGGCAAGCUAGAGCCUGAAGCUUUAUGCCUGGAACUGAACCAACCCAACUGAAUCCACCCAACCGAGCCGGGCGGCUUGGAGGCUCCUCAGCAGCCGCUCUGUUUUUUCCCUUUGGUUUUCCAUAACGCAACGUGUUCAUUUCUGUCCUCCCUGAACUUUCACAUUUACCCCGUUACCUUCACUAAAACCCCUCUGGACACUGCCACCACAACGUGGACUUUGCGAGGUCGUUUAAUGAACUGUCGUGUUGCGCUUAUACCCUCUUUGGUAAAAACAAGGACUGAAUCAAGUACUGUAUCACAUUGUAAAUAUUGAACGUUCUGUAAUUUAUGUUGAAAAUGUGAAUGGCCAUUCCAAUUUACAUGUCUUUUUGUUGUUGUUUAUUUUCCCUAUAAUUCUUUAAUAUAAUUUGGUACCAUUUAAACAUAAAA